UUGUGCGGGAAGUUAUCUAAUUUGAAAGUGAACACUGGGGUAUUGCGGAGAGAAGAAGUUAGGAGUUUGAAGUUUGAAGUUUGAAGCUUGAAGUUUGAAGUUUGAAGUUUGCAGGGUUUGAAUUUGAAGUUACGUUUGACGAGCGAUGAUGAUUGUUAUGCAUCGCUUGGGAAGAAGUCGUUCUGAAAGUGAAAGUGGAUAAAAUGUAAUGUGUAGUAGCAGACUAGCAGUGAAUGUGAUGAUAGAGAAGGUAGAUUGAACUGAUAUCCUAUUGUUAAUUGUUAUGGCAUUGGCUCCACUUCCAAGAGCAAGAGAUUCCUCCGCCUCCACCUCCGCCUCCGCGCCCUUUUCCGGCCUAUGCAUUUGCGUCUCCGGACUUUCAAAAGAAGCAAGGACGCAAGUUAUGGAAGCUACUCAGAGAUUAGGUGGUACAUAUAGUCCUAAUCUGCAUCCUAAAUGCACUCACUUGCUGGUUCAGAGUCUUCAGGGACACAAAUUAGACCAUGCCUUCAACUAUCGCCUUUUUGUAGUUACUCUUGGAUGGUUUAUUGAUUCUGUCAACAAAAAUGUGAAGUUAAGUGAAUUACCAUAUACAGUUUGGAGUGUUGCACCAGUCAGCGUUCAAAUGGAAGAUAGGCUCCUCAAUCCACCUGCAGCUGAUGAAAGUUGUAUCCAGAUAGGUUUGAAGCAUAAAGAAAAUCAAUCCGAAGAGUGUGGAGGACAAAAGCAAUGUCAUUCAGGAGGGAAGUUUGAAGUAAAUAAAGAAUCUCAAUUAUUUGGCCAAUCUAUAUACAUUGACUUUGAUGUUUCCGCCGAAUUGCACAGUAAGGUGGUUGAUGUGGCUGCUCGAGAAGGUGCCGUGCUUGUCGACCAAUGGUUUGUUGGUUGCGGUGCAAGCUAUGUUGUUUGUGAGGGGUCAUCCACUCAAAGAUAUCUUGGACAUAGUGACAACAUUGUUAGUCCCAUAUGGGUUCUGAAGACAUUUAAAGAGCGAUCGAUGCAGCGAUUUGUUCGAUUUUCUGCUGAUCUGGCUAGACAUGUGGGAGUGAUGCUUGAAAACCUUCAACAUGUAACUUCAGGACAGGAAGCUUGGGAGGAAAACUGCCAUGAGCACGUUCCUGUAUGUAAUAGAAGUAAAGUAAACCAAAAAGAAAGGCUGCAGGCUGCAAACCUUGCAAAAUGUGGUAUUAGAAAUCGUCGUGUCCGACGUCUGCAGCAGUCAUGUCAAGCACCCCUGCGUCCAAUCAACCCGAGCAGCCUUCUAGACAAUAUCUGCUGGUCUGUAUCUGAGCCAACUUCCAGCGCUGCUGUCUAUGCAGACUCUCUUAUGUCCAAGAAUGACUUUGAGAUUCAUAAACAUGGGCUCUCUGUUGGAGUUGGAGGAGAUUGUAUUGAACCUGAAGCUGCAUUCUCAAACUCAUUACGACGGCUCACAGAAAGUGAGAAAAAUCAGUUGGUGUUUAAAAAUCACUUCCUCACCAUACUGUAUCCUGUUGAUCGAUUUUCUGAGUUGGGCCCUUCCUCACGAACAUAUUUUAGUGAUCCUGGAUUUACUUGUCUGCAGGUGCUGGAGUUUAUACAUGCCUUCUACCAGGAGAAUAUGUCGGAACGUGAAAUAGAGUUUGCAAUUCACACUGACUCAAGGCAUGCUGAAAAGCUUCGAUCAAUUUAUUGCAGCGAGAGAACCGAACAAAUCGGCUAUGUAGUGUACAAGCGCAUAGAAUUCCUGGGAAGCCGGAAAAGUUUUGAAAUGUUGAAGCGCAUAAGCGGAGAUAACAAUAGCAAUGUCUAUGAGUUGCUUUUAAGAGAAUGAGACAGACAUGUGUAAGCUAGAUUUUGUCGUUACUUUGAAUUUGAAAGUGAGCGGGAUGUUCUGAACUGAAGAAUAAAAGCUUGUUUCUGUAUGAUUUGAAGUUGAAAAUUUGUUGGAUAGUUUCUCUUGAUGGAACAAUCGACGAAAUAUUGUAACUUAAUCUGAUCAUGAUACUGCACUCAAGAUAAUCAAAUCUUAAACAUGACAGUCCGUGCUUGUA